UCCUAAGGAGAAUAUGGCGGCCGCCACGUCCUCCGCGACAACCGUCCCGUCCUCCGCAACAACCGUUCCGUCCUCCGCGACAACCGUUCCGUCCUCCGCGACAACCGUCCCGUCCUUCUCGAUAACCGUCCCGUCCUUCUCGAUAACCGUCCCGUCCUCCGCGACAAUCGUCCCGUCCUCCGCGACAACCGUUCCGUCCUCCGCGACAAUCGUCCCGUCCUCCGCGACAACCGUUCCGUCCUCCGCGACAAUCGUCCCGUCCUCCGCGACAACCGUUCCGUCCUCCGCGACAAUCGUCCCGUCCUCCGCGACAACCGUUCCGUCCUCCGCGACAAUCGUCCCGUCCUCCGCGACAACCGUUCCGUCCUCCGCGACAAUCGUCCCGUCCUCCGCGACAACCGUUCCGUCCUCCGCGACAAUCGUCCCGUCCUCCGCGACAACCGUUCCGUCCUCCGCGACAAUCGUCCCGUCCUCCGCGACAACCGUUCCGUCCUCCGCGACAAUCGUCCCGUCCUCCGCGACAACCGUUCCGUCCUCCGCGACAAUCGUCCCGUCCUCCGCGACAACCGUUCCGUCCUCCGCGACAAUCGUCCCGUCCUCCGCGACAACCGUUCCGUCCUCCGCGACAAUCGUCCCGUCCUCCGCGACAACCGUUCCGUCCUCCGCGACAAUCGUCCCGUCCUCCGCGACAACCGUUCCGUCCUCCGCGACAAUCGUCCCGUCCUCCGCGACAACCGUUCCGUCCUCCGCGACAAUCGUCCCGUCCUCCGCGACAACCGUUCCGUCCUCCGCGACAAUCGUCCCGUCCUCCGCGACAACCGUUCCGUCCUCCGCGACAAUCGUCCCGUCCUCCGCGACAACCGUUCCGUCCUCCGCGACAAUCGUCCCGUCCUCCGCGACAACCGUUCCGUCCUCCGCGACAAUCGUCCCGUCCUCCGCGACAACCGUUCCGUCCUCCGCGACAAUCGUCCCGUCCUCCGCGACAACCGUUCCGUCCUCCGCGACAAUCGUCCCGUCCUCCGCGACAACCGUUCCGUCCUCCGCGACAAUCGUCCCGUCCUCCGCGACAACCGUUCCGUCCUCCGCGACAAUCGUCCCGUCCUCCGCGACAACCGUUCCGUCCUCCGCGACAAUCGUCCCGUCCUCCGCGACAACCGUUCCGUCCUCCGCGACAAUCGUCCCGUCCUCCGCGACAACCGUUCCGUCCUCCGCGACAAUCGUCCCGUCCUCCGCGACAACUGUCCCGUCCUCCGCGACAACCGUCCCGUCCUCCACGACAACCACCGCCUCAUCGUCAUGGAAUAUCAUGCAAUCGCCGCCGAGCACGUUGACGCCGAUCGUCGAUCGAUGGCCAGGCAACCUACUCAAUCUCAACGAUCGUCCAGCAUCGUACAUCGAAACGAUACGUUAUCUCGAUUCGGAGAACUCGCGGUUGAAGCGGGAGGUGCAAACCACCCAGGAAACUUUCAAUCGGGAAAUGUCCAACAUCGAGGCCGGAUUCUUUAACAAGCGGAAGCUGUUCGACGAGGCGGACACGGAACGCGUCAAGCUCGAGCUCAAUAUCAAACGCUUGCGGGAUGAUAACGAAGAUCUCAAGAACAAGUAAGUGAUACUGUAGUAUUUUUUCACAUUGUUUCUUUACUUGCGAAAUGGGUAGGAAAGUCAAAUGGUGUUAAUAAAAAUUAUAUUAAUAUUGAUAGAUAUUGGCGUAAUUGAGCUUGUGAUAUUUUGAGAAUCAUUGUGUCUGUCUAGAGUGUGAAUUUCUGUACAGAAAUAACUCGAUGUAAGAAUUUUCAUUACGUUUUGUGCUUAAACAUGAAUUGGGUCGCUUGUUGGAUGCAUGAUAGAUGUGUACCGUUGUUUAAUGAAAAUAAGUGCACUGCAGUAG